AUGGGGUUAUCUGCGAUAUCGACGUCGGGAACGCGAAACCGGCUGUCGGCGACGAUCAUCGCUUCAUCGAUCUCACCCUGGGCGUCACCAAUAGUGGUCAUCAUCAAGGCCAACGGCGUGGAUAUCCGCCUCUGCAUCGAUUACCAAGUGGUGAACAGCUUGACGAGGCUGAUGGAGUACCCGAUGCCGUUGAUCAACGAUCUUCUCGAGGACUUGGACAAGGUGCUUUGGUAUUGCUCCCUUGACAUGGCGAGUGGAUUCUGGGUCGUGUCCAUGACGCCGCGGGCGAGACUGAUCUCAGCAUUCAUCACGCCAUUUGGGUUAUUCGAGUGGGCGAGGAUGCCGUUCGGUCUGAAGAACGCUCCACAGAUCUACCAGCGGAUCUUGGACAACGCCCUAUAUGGGCACAUGCGCAUCGAGCCCGGCCAAGACAAGACAGUCGAUGUGUUCGAGGAGGGAGAGCCCGAACCAGAACACAAACCCAUGUGCAACAAGGUCGAAAAUCUGCUGGAUGUAUGUGAUCGUUGGAAUCUGUCGGUCAGUGUAGCAAAAAGCUACUGGGGCAGGCGCAAGGUGACAUACCUGGGCCAUCACGUGUCGACAGAAGUGUUGGAAGCAAAGCCGAAAGAUCUUGAAGCCUUCUCGAAUCUCCCUUUCCUCACCAAACUGAAGUCGAUGCAGUCGUUCCUUGGAAGUCUGAAUUACUACAGCCGCUUCAUCGAGGACUUUGCAGUCUAUGCACCGAUCUUGUACGAGCUUCGGGAGGUAAAUUACUACCAGAUCGCACGGUUGAAGUCGACCGGAGAGCUGGAGGAAGGGACAGCACCAGAGGACGAGGAACGCGAUCGCUGGGCACGAGCGAUGAAUGCGUUUUACCAUACUCAAGGCGAAGAUCAUCUCCACCCCGAUCUUGAAGCACUUCGAUCCGGGGCGGGCGCCAUAACAUUCACCAGUCGGACGCUGAAGACAAACGAGUUGAACUAUGGGAUCGUCGAUAAGGAGGUCCUGGCUCUUCUUCGCAUGUUGGACGUCUGCUACUCGCAGUUGGUCACCAGAUCGAUCAAGAUGCUAUCACGUUUCUCCACGCUAGUCUGGCUCCUGAAGUCGAAUGGGCUAGACGGGCGUUUGGGCAGGUGGGUCGCAUUGUUGUCUGGUUGGACGCUGGAGAUCACGAAGUGUUCCAAAGGCGAAGAGGAAAUCCUAGGGGCGAUCGCUGCAAGCGUCACCCCACGGGCAGAAGUUGACGAGGCCCUGAUCGCAAUAGCCCCGAAGAAGCAACCACGGAAGAUGAUCGCCACGAUUCCUCCAACCGUAGAGCCGGGUGAAAGCCUGUUGGUGGCGAGCUUCGACGGAUCGGCACGAGUGAAGCGUGCGGGAGGCGCAUACAGCGCGAUCCUCUGGAAACUCCCCGAGUGA